UUGAGAAAACCAGCUAAUAUAGACAGUCUUGAAUAACAGUGAAAGCCAAACAUCCUUGAUCCUUAUCUACUUCCUCAAUUAUUCACAAGUCAUAAUCCCCAACCAUAUUAACAUCCAGUUGGAAGUGGGGGUAAUAUAAUUAACUCACUUAGUAAUAAUCAUCCAACGGCAAUAUAAUGUUGUCCAACUUAUCACAUUCCCUUAUCUACUUCCUCCUUGUCGUAGUCGGUGCCGCCUUUUUAGUAUCUCCGGCCACCGCCACCGACCACAUUGUUGGCGCCAAUAAGGGGUGGAACCCAGGAAUGAACUACACUGAUUGGGCUAACAACCAAACCUUCUUUGUUGGUGAUUUCAUAUCCUUUAGGUACAAGAAGUUCGAGUACAAUGUGUUUGAAGUAAACAAGACAGGGUAUGAAAAUUGUACUAUAGAAGGAGCAACAGGAAACUGGAGCAAAGGAAAGGACUUUAUCCCACUGGAAAAGCCAGGAAAACACUACUUCAUUUGUGGCACUGGUGGUUGUAAUAGUGGAAUGAAGGUUUCCAUUGUUGUUCACUCGCUUCCUCCGCCACCUUCCGCCUCUAUUACCGCCACCAAACACUCCUCUGAAUCUUCUAAACAUGUAUCAGAUGCUGCAGAAGUGGCUUCAGGGCGGUUGUUGCUGUUGGUUUUAAGGGGAUUGGUAGUAGGUUUAGUGUCUUCAAUUUGGAUGUGAUAACCUGUUAUAAUUAACCAACUGUUAAGGUUUGAAUGUGGUUUUGUUGAUCAAUUUUAGUCAUGAAGAAAAUUUUUGAGGAA